AUGACAGGCACCGGGCACACGACCCCAGCACGGCCGGGAGCUGGGAGGACGCCAGGAUCCUAUUCCCAGCCCGGCAACAGCAACCUGGUGAAUCUGUUCAAUGAGUUCUUUAAACAGAGACCUACCAUCAUGGCCGUGCCAGGGCCCAGCCUCUUCACCCUACGCGACACCAGCCAGAAAGUUGUCCGCUACCACCACAACCGCCUCGUGGCCUCCCCCCAGACCGCCAACGCCCCCCCAGAGAAGAUCAGCGUGGUGCCCAACCAGUUCAUGGACCCCAGCCAUUUCCCCAUCAUUAUGGGCAUCAAUGGAGGGACUCGCUGUCUGUCCUGCGGCACUUCGGCCCAGCCCACCCUCAUGCUGGAGGACAAGAAAAUCAUGGACUUGUACCAGAACAGCCGGGAAGCCAAGCGUUUCACCUUUACCUGCUCUGCCACCGGCAGCACGCUCCGCUUCGAGUCGGUCGCCUUCCCGGGCUGGUACCUGAGCACGUCCCCCAGAAACGACCAGCCCCUCCGGGUGACCAACCGACUCGGGGAGGCCGAAAUCACCAACUUCUACUUUAAGAAAGUUUAA